AUGGGGAAAAAAAGAACAUUUUUAUUUUGGCGCAUUUCUUGUGUUUUGCCACCGCUGGAGCUCUGGUGCGGUCACGAGUUUCGCCAGUUCUCUUCUUCCUUCAUCCCCCUGCACCUCUGCCGUGUGUGUGUUGUGUCUCCUGGCAUGCUUUUAUCUUUUUUUUUUUUGCGUAAAUGCAGGCACAGACAGCCACACGCACAAGACGCACAAAAUAUUGCGAUGUCCACGGACGAUCGUCUAUCAUUUCUCCUCCGGCAGUCUGUUGCCGCCUUUUUCCGUGGACAUGAAGAAGGGAGAGGCACCGGGAGAGGGCAAUACUGCGGUUCUCCUCCAUUUUGUGUGCAGCGCACCGCACGCAGCACAGUUGCUUUGAAAUGCAGCACCGCCCGGUACAUCGAUGGUGCACGAGGUGAGAGACGAUUCUUUUCCGCCGUUGGUGUACGUGAUUGUGCGUCUGCGGCGGAGUUGGCCCUUUUUGCGCGUUUGUGUCUCUUCUGUAGAUGUGCGAUGGCGGUGACGGUGGAGGAACUUUUUUUACUGCACUUUUGUGCGUUGCUGUUGGUGACCCCUGCGGGUGUGCGUGUGGCCCCAAAACAAAGUUGUUCGAGGGCUCACCUGUCGGCACGGUGGCCGCAGCGUGUGGCUGUCACUCUCUUUUCUUGGGAAUAUGCCGUGACUCUUUUACGUGCUUGUUGUUUCGGGGUCAAUGUGCUGGUGGCUGUGUGA